UCAACUACCAAACAACAAACUGAAAACUACAAGUAUGGUUAUCGUUCCCCAUCUGCCAUUGCCAUAACUUCCUGAUCUUCAUUUCUUCCUGCUACAUCACAGCUAGAGAGAGAGAGAGAGAGAGAAGAAGAAGAAAGGAAGGAUCUGUACUCUGUUUGUUUGGAAGGAGGAGGAGGAAUCGACAAUGACGUCCUAUUUGCGAAAGACGUUCUCGAGUACAUUUGGUUCCUCAGCGGAGAAAGGGAAGAAGGAGAGCAAGGCUUCGCCUCCGCCUGAAGCCGAUGAGAUUCCGUACAGCGACCACGACUCGGAAGCUUCGGACGUGGAGAGCAGUCGCGGAAAUUGCGCCGAGAAGGAAGAGGUAGAGCGCAGUAAAAUCGGAAUCAUGAGAGCUGUUGUUCAACGGGAAGAUCCUUCCGCUAAGGAUGUGGAUGACUUGAUGAUUCGGAGAUUUUUACGAGCUAGGGAUCUGGAUGUUGAAAAGGCUUCUGCAAUGUUUCUCAAGUACUUGAGCUGGAGGAGAGAAUUUGUGCCAAAAGGCUCCAUAUCUCCAUCUGAAAUUCCAAAUGACCUUGCCCAAAACAAGAUGUUUAUGCAGGGGAAAGACAAGCUAGGGCGUCCUAUAGUUGUUGUGUAUGGCGGCCGCCAUAAGCAAACAACUUUAGAUGAGUUUAAGCGCUUUGUCACGUUUUCACUUGAUACAAUAUCUUCUAGAAUGCCAGACGGGCAGGAGAAGUUUGUAAGCAUAGCAGACCUGGAAGGAUGGGGGUAUGCUAACAGUGACGUACGGGGAUACUUAGCGGCUCUAUCAAUUUUGCAGGAUUGCUAUCCUGAGAGGCUAGGCAAGUUGUUCAUUGUUCAUGUGCCUUACAUAUUCAUGACUGCAUGGAAGGUCAUUUACCCAUUUAUCGAUAGCAGAACAAAGAAAAAGAUCAUUUUUGUCGAAAACAAGAAAAUGAAAUCCACCCUUCUUCGAGACAUUGACGAGAGCCAACUUCCAGAAGCAUAUGGCGGCAAACUACCAUUAGUUCCUAUUCAUGACUGCUAAAUGAUGAGGUGCUAAAUGUGCCGUGUGCGCUACCAGGACCCUUUUAUUGAACUAAUUUCAUCAUUGACUUCUUCUCCACAAGCCUUACCUUCUAUGGCUAUGACGCUAUCGCGGAUGACUGAACUCAUCAUACCUUGAAUGGCCCUUUAGAUACCUAAUAUUGAUAUCUAUUUUAGAAGAGGCUUUUCGAAGCCUAGUAGUGUUCAAGGGCAUGGCAUAGUUCAUCGACCAGAGAUGUGAUGAUCAACCUGCCAGUAUACUGUAUACCAUUAUUUUUAUGCCAAAUCUAGAUGAUAUUGGGAUCUUUGAACUCUGUCA